CGGUACUUCCACAUCCAGGCGGUCAGCGCGGCCGGACACAACUUCUCCCGCUCCCCGCCAGGAAGAACACAGUUUAAAGUGGUAAUUAAAGCACUUUCUCCAAAAGAAGUCACUAGAAUUUACACCCCUCGCCCUUUGGAUAGAAAUGAUGGCACAUUUCUCAUGCGGUAUCGGAUGUAUGGCAGUGUCAGAAAAGGGUUAAAAAUUGAGAUACUUUAUGGUGAUCAGCAUGUGGCUCAAUCUCCUUAUAUUCUGAAAGGGCCAGUUUAUCAUGAGUAUUGUGACUGUCCUGAAGAAGACCCUGAGAUCUGGCAGAACGUUAUGUCUUGUCCAUCCCAAGAACCUCAGAUUACAAAGGACUUCAUUUCUUUUCCCACCAUUGACCUUCAGCGAAUGCUUAAGGAAAUCCCAACAAAGUUCAGUCAAACAAGAGGUGCUAUUGUUCAUUACACAAUUCUCAAUAAUCUCAUCUACCGUCGCUCAUUAGGGAAGUAUACAGACUUCAAAAUGUUCUCUGAUGAAAUGUUCCUGUCACUGGCAAGAAAGGUUCGUCUUCCUGAUGUGGAGUUUUAUCUUAAUGUUGGAGAUUGGCCAGUUGAGUAUCGGAAAGCUAAUGAUACACCUGGUCCCAUACCUGUCAUUUCAUGGUGUGGCUCUGUGGAUUCAAGAGAUAUAGUCCUUCCAACGUAUGAUGUAACCCACUCAACUCUUGAAACACUACGUGGAGUCACAAAUGAUCUCCUUUCUAUUCAAGGAAAUACAGGCCCAUUCUGGGAAAACAAAACCGAGCGAGCUUUAUUUAGAGGUCGAGACAGCCGAGAAGAACGUCUCCAUCUUGUAAAGUUAUCCAAGGAAAAUCCAGAACUACUAGAUGCUGGAAUAACAGGAUAUUUCUUCUUCAGAGAAAAAGAAAAAGAGCUGGGAAAGGUUCAGCUGAUGGGCUUCUUUGACUUCUUUAAGUACAAAUACCAAGUGAAUGUAGAUGGGACUGUAGCAGCUUACAGGUUUCCAUACCUCUUGUUGGGUGACAGCCUAGUACUGAAGCAAGAUUCCCAGUACUACGAACACUUUUAUAUUGGAUUAAAACCUUGGAAACAUUAUGUUCCAGUUAAGAGAAACUUAGAUGACUUGCUAGAGAAAAUAAAAUGGGCUAAGGAAAAUGAUGAAAAAGCAAGAAAAAUUGCUAAAGAAGGACAGUUAAUGGCAAGAGAAUUACUUCAGCCUCACAGGCUUUACUGCUACUAUUAUAAAGUGCUCCAGAAAUAUGCCAAACGGCAAGCCAGCAAACCUGAAAUACGGGAUGGAAUGGAACUUGUACCUCAGCCUGAUGACAGAGACUCAGUAUGCAGUUGCCACAGGAAAAAGCCUUUAAGGGAAGAUCUAUAACUGUACCGGAUGGAGAAAAUCACCCACUUACAAUGCAAGAUUUUAAAUAGGAAUUAAGCUGUGAAAUCUAAGACACUUAUGCACUAGCAAACAUUCUUAGUUACAUAUUUUUCUUGUAUACAGAUACCCUUUUUCACACUGACUCUGCUCUACAAUUUUGUUCCCACAAUUUUGUCUCCAUGACCACCACCAGACAGAUACUGAGCCUGUAAUGGCGAGCGUCUAGGGGAUUUGUUUGAUGUUCUGCAUCAUCAAGAAGAAGAGUGCAUCAUCAAGAAGAAGAGUACAGUGCUGCUCGUGUUCCAGUUGGGACCUAGUUACCAAAGUUUUAUGAGGAACCAGUCAUCCACAAAAGAUCUUCCAUGAGUCAGUGCAAGUUACUCUGACAGAGCAUUUGCAACAUGCUAAAACAGUGUUAUGAUUUCUUCAUAAAGUUUACCUCAGUGUUAGAUUGCUUCUUGUAUACAAAACAAUUUUCUAAACAAAAUGAAUAUUUGAGAUUUACAGAUAUCAAAUCUGGUGUUGCUUUGAGAUUAUUUUGCAGUCUAUGACAGAUAGCGUACAUGAUAAAAUAUUUAUCAAUUUCAGAGGAAAAUGAGAGGAGGGGGAGAGAGAUCAGAAUUAUAUUUUAUAAACACCAUGGCUGUGAAUCACUGAAAUUAAAUGCUGCUUUAAAGCAGACUGUGUAGCUAUCACAGUCACAGUGCUUUGAGCGGCAAGACACCACUCUGUUCCCUGCCAGUGACAAUGUUUGUGAAUAUAGGUGUGGAUCUACAAAAGGGCUUAGGAACUUCAGGUGAGGCCAGUUGAAAUACUGGUGUCUUAGUUCUACAGUACAGUCUACCAUAUUCUAGCCUGCUUGAGCAUUCACACGUGAAAUUUGAUAGUAGAGUUUUAGACCACCUAGGUUUAACUUUUGUGUAGAGCUAAGGAUGCCAUCAUCUUUUUCACUUGGGUUUAUUAACUACUUUUUCCUGUGCCUAAGUCCUCAGCGGGAUCUUACUCAUUUUCUGAAUUUAGAUCAUACCUAACCUUAUACUGAGAUCAGACAGCAGAUCGGACUUGUUUUGGUUCAGACAUAUGACAGAAAACCUGUGCUACACUUUCUAUAUAAUAAUCUAGGUGUUAGAGACCAUACUAAGUAACUGGAAGCCAGUUGUUCUCCUUGGUUUGAUUCAAAGCCAUUUUUCCAGAGAGUGCCUUGGCUCCAGACUAGAGGAGAGGUCUUCCAUUGAAGUUGGGCAGCCAUGAAGCUAACAAUACAAAAUUCACAGGGCCAGAAGGAGCUGGUCAUGCCAUUGUAAUAAAGUGUGCCUUUGGGUAAUGUGGAGGAAAAAUCCUAGUCCUGGAUGUGGCUCUCAAUGCCUCUGUUGAUUUUUACCCAAGUUUGUCUACUUCAGAAUGCAUAAACAGUCCCGGAAGGAGACACCAAUGCCAAUACCAGUGCACACAAGCACUCAUUUCUGUCCUCUGCAUUUUCAUUUUCGCCAAUGUAGCCUGUCUGUGCAGCUUCCUCCUUGGCUGCACUCAGAUAAUGUCUUCAUGGAUACCAAAUUCUCCCUAUGCAAAAAGGAAUGGAAACGUCUUAAGAUUGUGGACUCAUCUAAUUGCUUAAGUGCUUAAAGUUUAGCGCUCUACACCUUAUGCAGGCUUCAUUCGUGGUUCUACACUGCAGGUUACUCAUAAAAUACGUAACAGUUCUGUGCUAGAACGGGAAGAAAGACUAGAAUAUUCAAUAUGCUAAAUAUGGGAAGAAUUUUAGGUUUCCGAGGAGGUUAUUGCCACUGUCCAUCAGUCAUAGAUUACAUUAUGCCAGUUAAGAAAAAACCUGGAAUGUGUUGCUCUACCCAUCAUCCUCUUUGUUCUGGUUUUAAUACUAAUAUAUAUAGUGGUUGUAUUUUUAUUUAGCAGUCAGUCCUAGAACUUCAGACUAUAAAUACAUGUUCAGCUCAUCUGACAUUAAAUUUUCUACAUCAGAAUUCAGGUACAGGGUUCCAUUGGUGAAGGUGACAAAAAUAAGCAUAUGCUCCUCUUCCCUUCUCUGUGUACAGUAAUUUUUACUGUAUGAUAUGAUCUCAUUUUGCAGUAUUAUCCAUUAUACCAUGUGCAUUCUAGAUUCACCAGCAUUUAUAGAAGUCGUGUGCUCAGCAAAGGCAACUAAGCCUACCAGAUAGUUGAAGUAACAAAGUUUUCCACUUGUCACAUACAUAUUUCAAACCUAAAGUCAAAAAGUUAUCUUUUUAUAUUUUAAAAAAUGGAAGGGAACAGGGGGAGUCUGUAUAUGCAUACUUUAGGGUUUAUUGGAAAUAUCUCUGUAGGAAAACUUGCCUGGCUUGAAACAGAAGUCUUUCAAACUGGAAUAAGAAUCAGAUAAAAUUUAAAUGGUCAUGAAUAUAAAUAAAUGUGAAUAUUUUAUCCCUCCUUUUUUCCCUCACAAAUAGGGGAAAAAAACUAUUCUAAAUUCUUCUCUGCCAAAAAGCCCUCCUUGUUUUUGUAAUAAGCAUCCCUUCAAAGCAAAGACUAGUUUGUCACAGAAUGCCUUACAGAUGCUUUUAUAGCUUGGAGACAAGAAAUAUCCUGAAAAAUACGAAUAUAUUCAUCCUGCCAAAAUUAAAAGACACUAGAGACAUGGCAGAACUUUCAUUAAAAGUGCUUAGUCAUUUGAGAAAGUCUCAUUCAUUUUAUAAUUACAGAUCUUCCAAAGAUAAAAUAAGGUAAGGCAAAGCUUCUCUUCUUUCCAUUGGUGGUACUAUAUGCAAUUCAAAUUGUAAUGAAGAGCAAUCGUAACAGUUGCCCCUCCAGGCCAGAAAAGAUAUCUCAUCUGUUUUAGUUUGAUGACAGGAUGAUACUCAUUGGCCUGGUGUGUUACAGGAAUUGCUAACUAUAUUCAGUAAAACCUGUUUGUACAAGUAAACUGUAAUACAUACAUUACACAGUAUUUUUAAGCAACAUGCUUGCAUACACUAGAGUUUCUUUUAUUCUAUAGUAGUUCUUGAACAGCAAUGGAGUAAAUC